AUGGAUGCCUCUGAGAAUGACAUCGAUGUGUAUCUGCACAAGCAUUCCAAGAUUCUGCUUGAUGAGUUGGAUCAGAGCCUGGUGACCUGUUUGCGGAAGCCGGAUGGCCGGGGGGGAACACGCAUACGGCGAUGGGUGCGGAUCAGGGAGACUAUGAAGGCUACUUGUGCUGUCUUGGAUCAGUUUCAAGAACUGCCUCAACUGCUGGAUCCGCAUCUGCCCAAGUGGAUUCCCUAUUUAGCAGAGUCAUAUCUGGAGUAUUUGCAGACGCGGCAUCGGCACAAGAGGGUUCCAGAGCAGACCAACUUGCUUGCUCCCCUGGACUAUGCAAUUUCCAGGAUCCUCUAUUCGUUCUGCAAGGUCCGCGGGGAAAAGGUCAUUGUGCGCUUUCUCAAUGUUGAGACCAAGUAUCUGGAGCUCAUCCUUUCAGCUGUCGAAGAAGCUGAAGUCCACGCCGGCAAGGAAAAGAAGGAUUUCUUUGCUGAGCGAGAUUCCGAUGAAGGAUGGUCGUGGGAACAGCGUUAUAUUGCGCUGCUCUGGCUUUCUCACCUUUUGUUCGCGCCGUUUGACCUAUCGACUAUUUCCUCUGCUGAUCUUGAUGAAGAGGGCGUGCCGUCUAUUGCUGGGUUUACCUGGCCUGCGAAUGUGCCGGGACUUACGAUGAGGGUUAUUCCUCUGGCUACAAAGUACAUCGCUUCUGCAGGAAAAGAACGAGAUGCUGCCAAAGCUCUCCUUGUGAGACUCGCCAUGCGGCGUGAUAUGCAGCAGAUUGGUAUUCUGGAGAGCCUCGUGCAGUGGUCUCUGAAAUCGCUACGGCCUCAGAGGGAGACUGAGAUUGAGAAUCCUUAUUUUUACAUUGGUGUUCUCUCUUUCCUGGCUGGAAUACUACGGUCUGCAUCGGAGACGUCUGAUAUGGACACCUAUCUGCCCACCAUUUUUGAAUCCGUGCUUGAACUAUCGACUGGUGAAGAUGCCAUCUCAAAAAUCAUCAUGUCUCAGGCGUCAGCACGGAAGAUGAUGCUGAAAGUCAUCCGUUCGCUGGUUGUUUCGCUAUUGCGUUCCUCCCGACGAGAUAUGAAGACCACAGUCUUGGUAGAGAAUGCAAUUGGCUACUUCCUUGAGAGCCUCUCUGACAACGACACUCCGGUUCGUUUGUCUGCUAGCAAGUCGCUUAGCAUUAUUACGUUGAAGCUGGACCCAGACAUGGCAUCUCAAGUUGUCGAAGCUGUUCUCGAGUCCCUGAACCGCAAUGUGCUUUGGAGCAAGACGUCAGCCAAGUCAGGGGCUAAACCGGUCCGCGACUUGUCCGCUGUGAAUCCCUUGGAGUGGCAUGGCUUGAUGAUGACCCUGUCGCACUUGCUCUAUCGGCGAUCUCCGCCAGCCAGCCAGCUCUCCGACAUCUUUCACUCUCUUCUUCUGGGAUUGACCUUUGAGCAGCGCGGCGUUUCUGGAGCUAGCGUGGGAUCAAACGUUCGCGACGCAGCGUGCUUUGGCAUCUGGUCCGUCUACGCGGCCAAAUCUCACCCUGCGACGAGCUCCAUUCUUCAAGUCUUGGGUACAGAGCUGGUAACGACGGCGUCCUUGGACCCGGAAGGAAAUAUUAGGCGCGGAGCUUCAGCUGCGCUGCAGGAACUCAUUGGCCGGCACCCGGAUACCGUGGAGCAUGGCAUUGGAGUUGUUCAGUGCGUCGAUUACCACGCCGUGGCUCGGAGAUCGCGCGCCGUUCAGGAGGUUGCUACUGGUGCAACAAAACUUUCACCGCAGUAUGGAGAGGCUGUUAUUGAUGGCAUCUUGAGCUGGCGGGGGAUCGGAGACUUGGAUACGGGCUCAAGGCGAGCUGCUGGCUCUGCGUUUGGCACGCUAAUAGUACAGUUGUCGAACACGGCCUCGGAAACGCCAUUUUCUCGCUUUGAAGAAUCGAUCGACUUGGUGAUGGAUCGCCUGAGCACUUUGCAAAAAAGACAGGUAGAAGAACGACAUGGUUUGCUAGCGUGCUUUGCCGGAGUCGUAGACGGCUUCCCUGAGCUUGCUCAGAAAGCUCAGGGGAAGUUGCUUGACCGAGCUACUGUCCGCAAGAUACUGGGCUAUAUAUCUGGAAUUCUUGAAGAUUGCAAGAACAAUGAGUAUCGUCGGCCUGAGCUUAUUGUAGAGGCAGCGAGUCGCUUGGUUGUUUCCUCUUUGCCUCUCAUCCAGGCUGCUACGCUAAGCAACUUUUCUUACGACAAAUUAGAAAAGGGAAGCGAUCAGCUUGCUGAGAUGGAGACGUUGACUUCAAGGCUGCGAGAUGUGAUGCCAAAUUGGCUUAGUAGAAACGAGCAGGAAACUGCCGAUUCUGCUUCUGCAGCCGGUCUCAUGCUUCUUUUGCUCUCUUCAACGGAAGAACGUAUCAAGAUUCUAGAGCAGUGGGCCAAGCUGAUCGCAGCUAAGCCUGGAAGCCGAUCGAUAGUCACUGGAAACGGCUACUUUCACGUCAUGGCAAUGGCUCAACCUCUCUCUCACACUUUACAAGAUAAUUCUGGCAGCGAUGUAGUGUGCAAUGCGUUCCUUGAGCGAUGGAGCGUCGAUACUGAGGUUGAGACCAGGGUUGCCAUUCUGCACAAGGGCCUCAACGACUACACGACGACAGCCAGAGGUGACGAGGGUUCUUUGGUGCGGUUUCAGACACUUAAAGCCAUUGCAGUUCUUUGGGGAGAUAUUGGACAUCCUACGAGCCAGGCAGACUGGGUUGAAGCGUCGGUCCGGAAGCUGAUUUACAACAUCCUGCGGCUCUCUGCAGAGAAACUGGAUCGUGUCCGUCGUGUGGCCAAGGACGUUGUUGCGCUACUUAUGAGUGAGAGUUCCGUUGAUGAAUUGAAGGACUCGAAUCAGCCAUCAAGAAAGACUUACUUUACGAAAUUCUUGAGUUUUUCAUCAAAAGGUUACUUUGCUCUGCUGCUUAACCUCAUCCCCAAGGACGCUCUACACCCACACAUCAUGGCCAUAGUAAACACCGACGACAACUGGAUGGCCGGUCUCAUGGCCGGUUUCGUCUCAUCCGCAGACACCGGAAACGAAGAGCUGGUCAUUGCAAGUCGAGCAGCGCUCACAGAGUACUGCGAAGAAUCACCAGAAAACUUGCAGCGAGUAUGCUCCGCACUAAUACAAAACCUAAAGACUUGCCAGAGCGAAGACCGGAUCAUUGUGCCAACUCUGGAGAUUAUCGCGUUUCUCUUCUACGCGGGACUCUUUCAGCGGUCUCAGGGCAUCAGCUAUCGCGGCCUCUGCCUGCAGACGCAAAAGGCGGGAUACAAGACGGGCAACGUGCGCAAGGUGAUUGCCUGCAUCAAAGUAUACGGCGGUAUCGCUGCGUCAGUCGGGACUGCGAAUGGAGGAGUGAAUGUGGAGGCUGGAGCCAAGGAUGCGCGGAAGAGACUCGGUGCGCUCAUGUCGCAUCCGUGGCCGCGGGUUCGCAGUGCUGUGGUUGAUGAGAUUUGGGGGCUUGUGGGCGGCGAGGAGGCGGUUGGCGAGGAUGGAGAAGGAGAAGCAGAUGGGCAUGGGUUGACGGGUGUGGAUUGGGCGAGUGCGGAGAAGGGUCAGAUCAAGGCUUUGGUGACGGAGCUGAAGUUGGAAUAG